AAUGAAAGUCCGCAGCUCCAUUUUGUGUGGAGUGAAAACUAAAAGAUUUCAGGAGUAAAAACACAGGUUUAAUUUAACACACCGAUGUUGGAGUGAAGUAAACGUGUGUCCUGCUGUAAUCUGGAGAAGGAGACAUGACCUCCAACAUGAGUGUGUCUGGAAAACAGGACUUAAAGAAAGACGAGAGAAUGAUGGAGGGAAAGAGAUCAGACUCACCAGAACCCAGCUGUUUGUCCAUGAAGAGUGACCAGUCAAAGGGAAAUCUAACUGACUUCAGAGACAGAAACAGUUCUACUGAUGUGAGACCACAAAAAUCAAACAUCAGCACAAAUCAGCUGGACUCUAUAUUCAAGGAGCUGGAACACAAAGUCAUCACUCUGAUAAAGAAUGAGCUGAAGAGGUUUAGGAAGCUCCUGAGUCCAGAUUACCCAGCAUGCACUGAGAGGGAGGUGGAGGAUGAGGAGGAUCUGCACAGUGUCAGAGAUGGAGCGCUGAAGAUCACACUGCACGUCCUGAAGAACAUGAACCACACAGAUCUCGCUAACACACUACACAACAAACUCGCCUCUGUGUAUCAGCCAAAGUUGAAGAGCAAUCUGAGAGAGAAGUUUAAAAGAAUUAAUGAAGGAAUCUCACAGCAUGGCAGCUCAGCACUUCUGAAUGAGAUCUACACUGAGCUCUACAUCACAGAGGGUUGGAGUGGAGACGUCAAUAAUGAACAUGAGGUGAGACAGAUUGAGGCAGUGUCCAGGAGACCAGCAACACAGGAGAAACCCAUCAAAUGUAAUGAGCUCUUUAAAGACAAGUCCAUCAGAACUGUGCUGACUAAAGGAGUUGCUGGAAUUGGAAAAACAGUCUCUGUGCAGAAGUUCAUUCUGGACUGGGCUGAAGGAGAAGUAAAUCAGGACGUCUUCUUCAUGUUUCCACUUCCCUUUAGAGAGCUGAAUCUGAUGAAGCAGCAAAAUCUCAGUCUGAUGAAUCUUCUUCAUCACUUUUUCCCAGAAAUAAGAAAACUAGAAUCAAUAGACUGUGACUCCUACAAAGUGGUGUUGAUCUUUGAUGGUCUGGAUGAGUGCCGACUUCCUCUAAAUUUCCAGAAGAAUGAGAGAGUGUGUGAUGUGACAGAGUCAGCCUCAGUGGAUGUGCUGCUGACGAACCUCAUGAAGGGGAAUCUGCUUCCCUCUGCUCUCCUCUGGAUAACCACAAGACCAGGAGCAGCCAAUCAGAUCCCUCCUGAGUGUGUAGACCAGGUAACAGAGGUACGAGGCUUCAGUGAUCCUCAGAAAGUGGAGUACUUCAGGAGGAGGAUCAGUGAUCAGAGCCUGGUCGAUAAAAUCAUCACUCACCUGAAGUCUUCAAGAAGCCUCUACAUCAUGUGCCACAUCCCAGUCUUCUGCUGGAUCUCAGCUACUGUUCUAGAGAGAAUGUUGGGUGAAGCAGAGGGUGGAGAGAUCCCCAAGACUCUGACUCAAAUGUUCACACACUUCCUGAUCUUUCAGAUCAAACACAAGGACCAAAAGUACCAUCAGAAAUGUGACCCUAUUCAUCAGCAGACCAGAGAGAGUAUCAUGGCACUGGGAAAACUGGCUUUCCACCAGCUGGAGAAAGGAAACCUGAUCUUCUAUGAGGAAGACCUGAGAGAGUGUGGCAUUGAUGUCAGAGAAGUGUCAGUGUACUCAGGAGUGUGUACCCAGAUCUUCAGAGAGGAGUUUGGGCUUCACCUGGAGAAGGUGUUCAGCUUCGUACAUCUGAGUGUUCAGGAGUUUCUGGCUGCUUUAUAUGUAUUUUUCUGCUUCAUUUUAAGAAAUACAAAUGUGCUUGUGGGGCAAAGCACUGGACUUUUUAACUCCCUCAGAAAUCCAAACAUGUCUGAUCUCCUCAGGAGUUCAGUAGACAAGGCCUUACAGAGUGAGAAUGGACACCUGGACCUGUUCCUCCGCUUCCUUCUGGGUCUCUCACUGGAGACCAAUCAAACUCUCUUACGAGACUUAAUUCCACAGACAGGAAGCAGAUCUCACAGCAAACAGGAAAUAGUGGAGUACAUCAAGGAGAAGAUCAGGGAGAAUCCGUCUCCAGAGAAAUCCAUCAAUCUGUUCCACUGUCUGAAUGAACUGAAUGAUCAUUCUCUAGUGCAGGAAGUACAAACUUACCUGAACAGAGAUUAUUAUUGUCUCAGUGACACCAGACUCUCUCCUGCUCAGUGGUCAGCUCUGGUGUUUGUGUUACUGACCUCAGAACAGGAGCUGGAUGUGUUUGAAUUGAGGAAAUAUGAUCGAUCACAUGAAUGUCUUCUGAGGCUGCUGCCAGUGGUAAAAGCCUCCAGAACAGCUGAUCUGCAUCGGUGUAAUCUGACAGAGGAAAGCUGUAGAGUUCUGUCCUCAGUUCUCAGCUCAAACUCCCCCAGUCUGAGAGAACUGGACCUGAGUAACAAUAAACUGCAGGAUUCAGGAGUGAAGCUGCUCUCUGAUGGACUGAAGACUCCACACUGUACAUUGGAGAUACUGUGUCUGUGUGAGUGUGAUCUGACAGAGGAAAGCUGUAGAGUUCUGUCCUCGGUUCUCAGCUCAAACUCCUCCAGUCUGAGAGAACUGGACCUGAGUAACAAUAACCUGCUGCAGGAUUCAGGAGUGAAGCUGCUCUCUGAUGGACUGAAGAAUCCACACUGUACACUGGAGAUACUGAGUCUGUGUAAGUGUAAUCUGACAGAGGAAAGCUGUAGAGUUCUGUCCUCAGUUCUCAGCUCAAACUCCUCCAGUCUGAGAGAACUGAACCUGAGUUACAAUAAACUGCUGCAGGAUUCAGGAGUGAAGCUGCUCUCUGAUGGACUGAAGAAUCCACACUGUACACUGGAGAUACUGAGUCUGUGGGAGUGUGAUCUGACAGAGGAAAGCUGUAGAGUUCUGUCCUCAGUUCUCAGCUCAAACUCCUCCAGUCUGAGAAAACUGGACCUGGGUUACAAUAAACUGCAGGAUUCAGGAGUGAAGCUGCUCUCUGAUGGACUGAAGAAUCCACACUGUACACUGGAGAAACUGAGUCUGCUUGACUGUAAUCUGACAGAGGAAAGCUGUAGAGUUCUGUCCUCAGUUCUCAGCUCAAACUCCUCCAGUCUGAGAGAACUGAACCUGAGUAAGAAUAAACUGCAGGAUUCAGGAGUGAAGCUGCUCUCUGAUGUACUGAAGAAUCCACACUGUACACUGGAGAUACUGAGGAUGUGGGACUGCAGUAUUACAGAAGAAGGUUGUGCUGCUCUGGCUUCAGCUCUGAGGUCAAACUCCUCAUCACACCUGAGAGAACUGGAUCUGAACUUUAAUAAACCAGGAAAAUCAGGAGUGAAGCUGCUCUCUGAUCUACUGAAGGAUCCACACUGUAAACUGAAGACACUACACAUUAUGUAUAUACUCACCAGAUCUGCUGUAUGACAGGAGUCUCUCCUCAGACCUUUUUUCCAGGAUAAAGCAGUUAUGGUGGUGAAGCGUUAGAACACGUCCCACAUUUCCAGCAGUUUGGGAGCUGAAUCAUUCAUAUUCAGAUGUAGGAGAUCCAUAACAAUAACUGUGACUGAUCACAUCAUUUUAUACUCUCAGCUACAACUUCACACUUUAACAUCUUUUACAACCCAAAGUCAAAUCCUUCAGCAUCUACACACAACACAGAGAUAUCAUCACAUCAUCACACUGAUUACACAAAUACACAUCCAUGUGUUACAGAUGUUUACAGAUUAUUUUUACCUCUUUAAUUGUAUCUCAAAUUUGUUUCUCCACAGAUGAUUGACUCACAGUUGUGAUCUUGAUUUAUUUAUUUUCCUUUAAAAGUGUCUUCUUUUCAAACCCUUUUCACCAAAUCUUUAUUAAAAUUCCUUUAAAAAUGAACGGAAUCUUCUUUUUUGUGUAGUUGAUCUAUUUUUCUAUAUUUCAAUUUCUUCUUCCUUAAUUUCCUCAUGACAUUUUUUAUCUUGGUUGCAUCUUGUUUUUAUAUAAUUUAACUUCUUUUUUUUUCCUCUUUCCACCAUAUAUUUUGCUUUAUUUCUUCAUUUUGCCUCCUCGAGUUCUUUCUCCUCCCUUUUUUAUAUUUUUGUUCUCUAAUUUUUUAAAAA